ACACUAUUUAUUCAAUUUGUUUACCUCGGACGCAUGUGGAUUAAUAUUGCAAAUUACGUGAUAUUUGUGUAUUAAAUCGAACGCUGAAUCAAUAAUGGCGAAUGCCGGCGGCAUCGAAAGGAAGCCGCGUAUCAUGGCUGAGCCGCUGCACAUUCAGCGCCUGGAGGAGGCUCUUAAUAUGCGGCCUUUUAUGGAGAUGGCUCGAAGUGCGCUAAAGCCAAUUAAGAAAGUAGUCCACGGAGAGGGAGAGGAGGAUGCUGAUAGUGAAAUGGAAACGGAGCCGGUGAUAGAUUCCGAUGAUUCCUCCACAGUGGGUGCUGUAAAAUUAAAGCGUCAGAAGAAAAGCAAAAGAAGACGACUGCUGGGCAGCAAGGAGGAGCGACAAAGUGUUAAGGCACAGCUAUACAAUUUCAACGAUCUGACCAGUGACAGGGAAUGGCUGUAUGAUCUUCUUCUCAGUGACACCGAAAGCGAUGAGGAGGACCAAAUGGGCGGGAUGAAUGAAGAUGAUUACAUCCAAGAAAUGUUGAGGGAGCAUAUACGUGAACAACGCCAGCGUAGCAAUUACUAUAAAAAACAAACAAACUCUCAAUAUGCUUACUAUGGCACUGGAUUGCUGUCCAAUCAUGACAUCUUUGCAGAGCGCCAACAGGCAACUGCUGGAGUGCGUAAACGACGCCGCCGCACUAAGCAAGAGAUUUUGAUGGCUCGUCUGGCUGAGGCACAAGCUGGACCCAAGCCGCCUACCAAACAAAAGAGACGGGGACGCAAGAAGCGAACUGUAAUGGGUUCCCCAGAGUCGGGUGAGAUUCAUCCCUCUGAUUUGGGUAAAUACACAUUCGGUGAUACGCUGCCCAAUCAGGAUGAGGACGAAGAUGAUACUGCCGAGGUUGACUACAAACGGGAAUUGGCCAACUUGGCGUUGGAUUUCCCCGAAGAUGAAGAGGAAAUCGAAGAAGAAGUAGAUGUUGUGGGCGCAUCCGAUGGACAAGUGACGCGUGUGCGCCGCAAACGCAAGAAUCCUGAGAUUCUGGCAGCUCGCCGUCGUCGCAUUUGGCAAAUUAUGUCCAAAAAAGAAGUGGGACGUCUGCAGCGUCUCAAAUCCAAUAACCACAAGGAGAUGCUGGCCAAUUGCAAGCGGGUGGCUACCAUGUGCUCUAAAGUAGUCCGCCAGAGAGCUGUCAACUCACAGAGGAUUAUGAAAGAAACUGUGUGGCGGGCGAAACGUUUGACCCGCGAAAUGCUGAACUAUUGGAAGCGUUACGAGCGUGUUGAACGGGAUCAGCGUAGGAAACUGGAACGGGAAGCCGAAGAGCAGCGUAAGCAGGAUGUGGAACUCAUCGAAGUGAAGCGUCAACAAAGGAAACUCAAUUUCCUAAUAACCCAAACGGAAUUGUAUGCGCAUUUUAUGUCGAAGAAAUUGGGCCAAGGCACCGAGGAAGAUCAAUUAAGAAUUCUAAGCCAGUUGGACGAGGAAGAAGACGGAACUCGGGAGGUGAAAAAUGAUGAUUAUAAUGUCGGCGAAAUGAAGCAGUUGGUUCAAGAGCAGGCAGAAGCUGCUCUACAAAGAGAUUUGGAAAAGUCCAAGGCAUUUGAUGUGGUGGUCAAGAAGGAGGCUAUAAAGGAGGAGCAGGAGGACGAGCAGCCGCCACAGCAAGUGGAGCAAAAGGAAAUGAAGGAUUUGCCGCAGCCUAAAAUGUUUAAGGGAUCUCUCAAGGGGUACCAGAUCAAGGGCAUGACGUGGCUGGCCAAUAUCUAUGAUCAGGGCAUCAGUGGCAUACUGGCCGAUGAAAUGGGAUUGGGCAAGACAGUACAAUCGAUUGCCUUCCUAUGUCACAUAGCCGAAAAAUAUGGCGUGUGGGGCCCAUUCUUGGUAAUCUCUCCCGCCUCCACUCUGCACAAUUGGCAACAGGAAAUGGCGCGCUUUGUACCCGAUUUUCGUGUUGUUCCCUACUGGGGUUCACCCAAUGAGAGGAAAAUCCUACGUCAAUUUUGGGAUCAAAAGCACUUGCAUACACGCGAGGCCAGUUUCCAUGUGGUGAUCACAUCCUACCAACUGGUGGUCAGCGAUUACAAGUACUUCAAUCGCAUUAAGUGGCAAUAUAUGGUGCUGGAUGAGGCUCAGGCGAUUAAGAGUGCUUCAUCUCAACGUUGGAAACUUCUGCUGGGUUUCAGUUGUCGCAAUCGUCUUCUCCUAAGUGGCACGCCCAUCCAAAAUAGCAUGGCCGAAUUGUGGGCACUGUUGCAUUUCAUUAUGCCUACUCUAUUCGACUCUCAUGAUGAAUUCAACGAAUGGUUCUCCAAAGAUAUCGAAUCGCAUGCUGAAAACAAAACUGGCAUAGAUGAAAAACAAAUAUCUCGCCUGCACAUGAUCCUCAAACCCUUCAUGCUGCGCCGCAUUAAGAAGGAUGUGGAGAACGAGUUGUCGGACAAAAUAGAGAUCAUGGUCUAUUGCCCAUUGACCAUACGGCAGAAGCUACUCUAUCGUGCCCUCAAGCAAAAGAUACGCAUCGAGGAUUUGCUGCAUUUGGCCAGUGGUUCCACAGCUCCAACAUCUGCCUCCUCUUCAUCUGCUUCGAGCUUGAUGAAUUUGGUUAUGCAGUUCCGCAAGGUUUGCAAUCAUCCCGAACUCUUCGAGCGACGAGAUGCGCGCAGUCCAUUCUCAAUGCGUUGCCAGGAGUAUGUGAUGCCACGCCUGAUCUUUGACGAUGGCUUGCUUCACAGAUCCAUGCCCAGUCGCAAGCAUUUGCUCUACAAUCGCUUCAAUAUCUUCAAAUCCGCCCAUGUGCAUCGAGAUCUUGUCGAUGAUGUAAAUGUGGAUAACAAAUGCUUUGCCUUUACUCGUCUUUGCGAUUUGGAAUUGGCGGAUCUAAUGGAUGUUACCCUAAAUGGUCUCAUUGAUUUCCUCCUGCACUAUCGUCGUCUAUUGAUGAAAUAUCCUCUCUUUGCGUAUCGUCGGCAAUGGUGGCCAGAUUUGCGCUCUUCACGCUAUCAACUGCUAGAGCCCAUGCUGGAACACAAACUCUGCCCUGAUUUUAUGUUUACUGACAGUGUGCUCCGUCAGUUCAUUUUCACUGCCAUGACCUCUAACGGUAGUAGUGUCUAUGCUUUUGGAGAUUACUUCAGUUACAACAUGCAGGAGACUAUUGAACAUCGUGUCAUACGUUCCAAAGUCUUGAAAAAGAAUGAAGAGAUUGUUAGUCAACCACCAGAGCAGCAGCCCAAACCAGAGUUAGAAUCCGUUGAGGUGCAGACCAAAUCGAAAAGCGAUGUCAAAAUGACCACACUUCAGUUACUGCCCAAAUUUCCACAUCAUCAGCGCAAGCCACGUAGCUAUAAAUGUGAACCGCUUGAAAUGCCCAGAUUUCUAUAUUCCCUUGGUCAAAAAGUUCAAGCUGUGGAAAGGCAUUUAUACUGUGAAAGCCGUGCUGCUGCCUGGACACAAAUUCGUCAUUUGCAGUGCGAAAAUAGUUUUGGUCGUGAACUGGUCUCUUCUGGAUUAGAUCUGUGUAAGCCACGCAGUGGCUGGUCCUCCAUAGUGGUGCCCAAUAAGGAGACUCUCAUCACAGAUGCUGGAAAAUUGUUUGUGCUUGACAGUUUGCUUACACGACUCAAAUCUGAAGGCCAUCGCGUUUUAAUCUAUUCCCAAAUGACCAAAAUGAUUGACUUGCUCGAGGAAUAUAUGUGGCAUCGCAAGCAUCGUUAUAUGAGAUUAGAUGGCUCUAGCAAAAUAUCAGCCAGACGAGAUAUGGUAGCUGACUUUCAAACACGUUCGGAUAUCUUUGUAUUCCUUUUGUCAACCAGAGCCGGUGGCUUGGGCAUUAAUCUAACAGCUGCCGAUACGGUCAUCUUCUAUGAUUCAGAUUGGAAUCCCACUGUCGAUCAACAGGCCAUGGAUCGAGCCCAUCGGCUGGGUCAAACUAAACAGGUGACUGUCUAUCGUCUCAUCUGCAAGGGAACAAUCGAGGAACGCAUUCUACAACGAGCCCGCGAAAAGAGCGAGAUACAACGUAUGGUCAUAAGUGGCGGCAAUUUCAAACCCGAUACACUUAAGCCCAAGGAAGUGGUAUCAUUGCUUCUGGAUGAUGAGGAAAUCGAAAUGAAAUAUCGCCAUGAAGCCAAAUUGCAGGUGAAAGAAGAGUCGUCUACAGGCGAGCGUAAAAGGCGUAAUCCCAAUAAGGCUGGUGGUAAUAAUCAAAUUGGUGGAAUUACCAUACCAGCGGCACCUGCCUCGAUAUCCAUCAAAGACGAUGACGAUGUGGCCAGCUGUAGUUCGGUAGCAGCACCAGCUAAACGCUUAAAACAAGACACGGAUGAGGAUUACAUUGAGGUGGGCAUCACCUCAUCGGCAUCGAGUGUGGGCACCGAUAGCAACAAUCAAACUCUCAGUCAGGAGACCUACGUUCCAGGUGCCACAAGUGUCCAGCAAUCGGAUAUGCUUGAUUCCGACAAUGAGGCUUUGGAUGUGGAUGGCGAUAAUUCCUCAGUCGCCGGCAAAAGUGAUCAAUUAAUGAGCGGCUAUGGCCUCGGUGACUUAAGUGGCGGCGUUUCGAUGCGGCGACGUCACCAUCCGCGCGGCACCAGACGCGGACGACCACGUGGCAGCACCAGGCGAGGUGGUGCCCAUGGUUCGAUGCAGCGUGGGCUAACGCCGACACCGACGCCGACGCAAGGGGCAGCAGCAGCAGGAGCAGCAGCGGCAGUGUCGGUCACAUUAACAGCACAACCAGCAACAACAACAACCACAUCAACUACAACAACAACUCCACUGACGCCGCAACAGGAAGCAGCAGCAAGCCAUGGAGAGACCGCAACCCUCAGUACUAGUUUCAAUGAGGAAGAGAUCUUUGGAGGAGCUGCAGCCGGUUCAUCGGUCAUCAAACGUGGACCGGGGCGGCCACGUUCCAAGACAGCGGCACCCCUGAGUCGGGGCACACGCGGUGCACCACGUACACGUCGACCAGUGGGUCCAUUAUUGGUGCCAUUGGGUUGCAGUCCAGAUGAUACGCCACCUGGCAAUAGUCCGGCCACAAGUCGUGCUCCCAGUCCCAAUGCCUCAAGCUCCAAUCUUCAAUGUGACUAAGCACCAGGAGCAGGAGUAAUACAAAGGAAUUUAACACAUAAAUUAGUUUAUAACAUUUGCCAAAUGAAAUAAAGAUAUUGGACGCAUGCUGGAGUCAAGUUCAAGAUGCCAACCCAUUAAUUAAACCUAA